ACCCAACCGAACUGAUAAUAAUUAAGGUAGUACCUAAUAACGUUAAGCCAAUAAUUCAAUUUGAGAAAUAAGGAAUUAAAUGGAGGAGGAAAAACCGAAAAAGAGAGAAAAAUGUCAGGGGUGAGAAGCAGCUUUAUCUGCUUAUUUUUUUGUUUUUCGUUUUUUUAGUUAAAAUUUUGUUGGGUGGUUCUUGUAUGGAGUUUGAUAAUAAUGAUUCUGCAGCAUAGAGAGUGUGUCUCUGUGAUUUCGUCUUUCUCUCGCUCUCAAUCUCUAACACGCAAAUAAGAAUGGAGUCUUAAAUGCUUAUGCUUGGUUCCUCUUUCUAUGUGUAUGUAAGAUCUUUGUUCCCAUCAGAAGUGGUGCAGAAAGUUGUGUGUCUCAGAUCCCUAUAUUAUACUAACACACACACACACCUCACCGAAAAACGAUACCACCAACUCUCUCUCUUUCUCUUUCUCUCUGAGACACAGACACACACACAGACACAGACUAAGACUACUUUCCUAUAUAUCCAUCUCUCUUUCUCUUUCAUACAUAUGAUGAUACGAUACACAUAGAUAUAUAGCAGCAGCAUAUACAUAGAGUGGUCCUCAAUUACACAGCUUUUUUCCUCUCAUAUUUCUGAAUCUCUUUUUCUUUCUCUUCAAACACCUUUUGCCUUUAUUAUCAUCACACCACCCCUUGGGUUCAAAGAGUAAUGAUGCAAGAACCAAGCUUGGGUAUGAUGGGCGGAGGAGAGAUGUCUUCAGCAACAGGGUCCGGCGGCGAGCAGCAACAGCGGCAGCUGAAGGCGGAGAUAGCAACACACCCGCUGUACGAGCAGGUUCUGGCAGCACACGUGGCGUGCCUGAGAGUUGCAACGCCAAUAGACCAGCUUCCACUUAUAGACGCACAGCUAUCACAAUCACACCAUGUUCUUCGCUCCUAUGUCUCUCAACACACACUCUCUCUCUCUCCUCACGACCGUCAAGACCUUGAUAAUUUCCUCGCUCAGUACUUGAUAGUGUUGUGUACUUUCAAAGAGCAGCUUCAGCAACAUGUCAGAGUCCAUGCCGUCGAGGCUGUCAUGGCCUGCCGUGAUAUUGAAAAUACCUUGCAAGCUCUCACCGGAGUGAGCCUGGGAGAAGGAAGUGGGGCAACAAUGUCAGAUGAUGAAGAUGAAUUUCAGAUGGAUUUCUGUUUGGAUCAGUCGAGUGGUGGUGGUGGUGGUGAUGACAUGAUGGGAUUUGGUCCCUUACUCCCUACGGAAUCAGAAAGGUCACUGAUGGAAAGAGUCCGUCAAGAACUCAAGAUUGAGCUGAAGCAAGGAUUCAAGUCAAGGAUUGAAGAUGUUAGGGAAGAAAUCCUGAGGAAACGUAGAGCUGGCAAAUUACCCGGUGACACCACUUCUGUCUUGAAGAACUGGUGGCAGCAGCAUGCUAAGUGGCCUUAUCCAACUGAAGAUGACAAGGCAAAACUAGUGGAGGAGACAGGGUUGCAGCUGAAGCAAAUCAACAACUGGUUCAUCAACCAAAGGAAACGCAAUUGGCACAGCAACUCUCAAUCAGUUACCUCCCUCAAGUCCAAGCGCAAAAGAAUGUAAGGGAUUGAAGACAGAUUCAGGAGAUGUACGUUUAAUCUAAGAUAGCUAUCAAUCAAAGAGAUGCUCGCGAGCUAGCUGUUUCUGGACUUUGAAGGAUGCCAUGCAUCAAACCCUUAGCUUUUUGUUGUCUCCAUUUCUUUCUUGUUAAUUAAUUAACUUGCCAUUGUAAAUUGUUUGCUAAGUUUCUGAUGGAUGAUGAGAUUGACCUGCUGAUCAACAAUUUUAUUACUAUUAUUAUGAUAAUUA